AAAAAAUACAUAUGGAAAAUGUCAUUUUCGUAAUUACAUGUGAAAAUUGGUGCCAAUUAUUCCCCUGACACUUACAAUGCAACUUGUCAACUUCUAAUCACAACCCACCAAAGGCUCCCAAACCCCAACUCACAGUCACAAAUCACUCUGAAAACCCUAACCCCACCACCACAAACCAUGCCACACUGCCCAGAUGUAUAGUUGAAGAAUGGUUAAUUAGCAUUGUAUCAUAUAGUUUGUUGGUGGAUAAUCCAGUGGAUUGGUGUUUGUUUUGAUCAUCAAUGGGGGAGGUUGUUGGGCCAAGAUUGUAUAGUUGCUGUAAUUGCCGAAACCAUGUUGCUCUUCAUGAUGAUGUUAUUUCUAAAGCAUUUCAGGGAAGACAUGGCCGGGCCUUCCUGUUCUCUCAUGCGAUGAAUGUUAAUGUUGGGCCCAAAGAGGACAGGCACCUCAUGACUGGUCUCCACACUGUUGCGGAUGUUUUCUGUUGUGACUGCUGUCAGGUGCUGGGUUGGAAGUAUGAACGUGCUUAUGAAGAAUCACAGAAAUACAAGGAAGGGAAGUUCAUACUUGAGAAGUCCAAAAUUGUCAAGGAAAACUGGUAAUCUUUGGGUGGUUUUGUGUCAUUGUCCAAAUCACGUUGUAAGCGUCAGGAUGCUUCCACAUGUUUGUGUUGUCCAGAAAAUUCUCCUCAAUUGAAAAUAUUCACUCAUUGUUCCUUCCUGUGCAUUCUCAUUGUAUUUGUCAUGUGAAGAUUGUAUUGGAGAUGAUUGAUUUUGUGAAUAAAUUUGUGGAUAUUUCCUUCA